AUGCCCCAUGGCUUCGACAAGCUGCUCCAUGAGCCUGAACCUUCGCCCCCGCCACCACCACGGCACGAAUCUACUCAGUCUCGCUUCCAUCUUCAUGUUCGCCAGCAACCCAUCGCCGCACGCGCCUGCGGUGCCGGCGAUCGCGACAGGCGACCUGUUGAUCCGCCACCAAUAGUUCAGAUCCUCCUCGACGACUUUGACCCCGGAUCUCAAGAUGAUCGCGAGAUCCUCCAAGACCCACGCUUCACCGUCGGCUGUCUUCUCUUCCCAGCCUCUGACUCGGCCCCGGGCUGGAUCCAACCCCCUGACGUGGAGCAAGACCGCCCUCCAGAGCGCGAAUCCGACGGCCUCGCCCGAGCAGAUGACGACUUCUCCACCCCACUCCUUUCCGGCAAGGCUUUCAUGUCACCUUUCUUCGUGGACGCCGAUCCAGAUCCCAACUCUGCCCCGACGCACCCGACCUCCGACGACACCUACCCAGGCAGCAGCAGUAGCCACAGCCUUGCUGCCGCUACUCCCCAGAACCUCCGCAACGCCUCCAAGCUUAAUCAGCCCGCCACUUUCUUCAUUUUUGCAGACCUUUCUAUUCGCUCUGCGGGUUUGUACCGUCUGCAGUUCCGGCUGAUGAACUGGGGCUCUGUCGAGGACACGGGUCAGUCGAUGCCUAUUCUGGCGGAGGCAUGGUCGGACCCGUUUCGCGUGUACCCGGCGAAGGAUUUUCCCGGGAUGCGGGACUCGUCCAUUUUAGCAGAGGGGCUGAAGGAGCUGGGGUUUGUGGAACUGAAGACUCGAGGGAAGGGCAAGGGGAAGGGCCGGAGGAGAUGA